CUUGGCAGGAGCAGGAAUGAUGUGAUUCAUUUCCACCAGGCUCACAGAGGCUGGAACCCAACGGCGUUUUGAGAACACCGAGUUCCCCUAAACGCAGCCCGGACGUGCCCUUUAAUUCCGCCUGCUGCGCCGCCAUGUACACACUGUCGGCAUAACACAAACAGCGGGGCGCUCGGCUUCUCCACAUCCUCCGUCUCCUUCUCUGUCUGCCGCGUCGCUUCACGGGUCUCUCUGCCCCCCUCCACCCUGCCAUGCUCCGGGUCACCUCGCUGCUGCCCGCCCUGCUGUUCGUUCUCCUGCCGGGCCCGAGCUGGGGGUAUUUCCCCGAGGAGCGCUGGAGCCCCGAGUCUCCGCUCCUCGCUCCCCGGGUCGUCAUCGCUCUGGUCUGCCGCAACUCUGCGCACUCUCUGCCGCUGUUCCUCGGAGCCGUCGAGCGCCUCAACUACCCGAAGGACCGCAUUGCGCUGUGGGUGGCGACAGAUCACAAUACCGACAACACCACGGCCAUCCUAAGAGACUGGCUCAUUAAGGUGCAGAAUUACUAUCACUAUGUGGAAUGGAGACCUGAAGAUGAACCCAGUGCCUUUGAAGACGAGGUGGGGCCUAAGCACUGGAACAACCUCCGCUAUGAACACGUAAUGAAGCUACGUCAGGCAGCGCUGGAAACUGCCCGUGAGAUCUGGGCCGACUACCUCAUGGUGGCCGACUGUGACAACCUGCUCACCAAUCAGGAUGUGCUGUGGAAGCUCAUGAGGGAGAACAAGACCAUCGUAGCUCCCAUGCUGGAGUCCAGAGCGGCGUACUCCAACUACUGGUGCGGCAUGACUUCACAGGGUUACUAUAAGCGUACACCAGCCUACAUGCCCAUCCGUAAGCAAGAGCGUCGUGGCUGUUUCGCCGUGCCGAUGGUUCACUCCACCUACCUGGUGGACCUCAGGAAAGAGGCGUCCCGUCAGCUGGCCUUUUAUCCGCCCCACCCGGAGUAUAGCUGGGCCCUGGAUGAUGUCAUUGUCUUCGCUUACUCAGCUCGCAUGGCAGAUGUGCAGAUGUACAUAUGCAACAAAGAAACUUAUGGGUAUUUCCCGGUGCCAAUGCGUUCCCUUGCUACUUUGCAAGAUGAGGCGGAGAGCUUUUUGCAUACUCACCUUGAGGUCAUGGUGAAAAAUUCACCGUUGGAGCCCUCCAGCUUCCUGUCUCUUCCUCCCAAGCAGCCUAACAAGAUGGGCUUUGAUGAGGUGUUUAUGAUAAAUCUGGUGCGGAGAUCUGACCGUCGUGAGCGAAUGCUAAGAACUCUGUAUGAGCAGGAGCUCAGCUGUAAGGUUGUUGCUGCUGUGGAUGGCAAAGCUCUGAACAUGUCUGAUAUCGAGCCUAUGGGGAUUAAGAUGCUGCCAGGGUAUAAAGACCCUUAUCAUGGGCGACCUCUCACCAAGGGUGAACUGGGGUGUUUCCUCUCUCAUUACAACAUCUGGAAGGAGAUAGUAGACCGCGGUCUGAAGACUUCCCUGGUCAUCGAGGACGACCUUCGCUUCGAGGUGUUCUUCAGACGUCGCCUCCAGACGCUGCUGCAGGAGGUGACGACACACAAGCUGGACUGGGAUCUCAUUUAUAUUGGGCGAAAGCGAAUGCAGGUGGACCACCCAGAGAAGUCUGUACCAAAAAUCCACAAUCUGGUGGAGGCAGAUUACUCCUACUGGACACUCGGCUAUAUGUUGUCAUUACAAGGAGCCCAGAAGCUCCUCAGGGCCGAACCUCUGUCCAGAAUGCUUCCUGUCGAUGAGUUCCUCCCUGUUAUGUAUAACAAACACCCAGUCUCAGAGUACAUGGACCACUUUGAGCGCCGAGACCUGCGUGCGUUUUCUGCUGAGCCGCUUCUGGUGUAUCCGACCCAUUACACAGGAGACGCGGGUUACAUCAGUGACACGGAAACGUCGGUGGUUUGGGACAACGAGACAGUCAAAACUGACUGGGACCGAGCCAAGUCAAGGAAAACUCAAGAGCAGGGGGAGCUGAGUUUCGAAGCCCAAAACUCUGAUGUACUGCAGUCUGAACUGGAGAACUGGAGCGCACGGGACGAGCUGUGAUGAAGAAGCCAGGAGAAGGAGUAAGAGACAAAGAACUCUGGCAUGCAGAGAUUAGGAUGAGGGAGAUAGAUCAUAGCUGUGAUAGAGGUGGGAGACGGCAAAUGUCGAUGGAACGUAACAGGAAACAGGAGCGCAAAGAAGCAAAGGCAGAGCAGACGGACACUGGGCUGAUGAUGAACAAAUGCUUUUCCUUGUACAUUUCUCUCCACAGUUGGAUCUUUCUCUUGAGGGAGGAGGUUAGAUGUAUAGUUAACUCUUAAAGAGUCAGCUAGCAGCUUUUGUUUUAUUUAUUGCAUCCAACACACAUCCCUGGUUCUCUAACAGUUAAAUAUCUUUAUUGGAUUUUUUUUCUUCCAGACUUAUGCAAUAAUAACAUAAAUUUCCCUCUGCAUAUUUUGUAACAAAAUGGGAAGAAUUGGAAGAAGAUUGGGUAAUAAUUUCACAUUAAAAGGUCUCUAAAGAAUCACAAUUAUGCCAAAACGUCCUCUAAUUACAUGUUAAAGCUGAAGUAUGUUCUUGGUUAAAAUGGGAGCCUCUAAACUACACAAAAAUUAUAUUACAUUUCUUUUUGUACAGACUUAAAUGGUCUCUUGGAAGAAAUCAGAAUCGUUAAAACAUUGCCUUUGCUGUACUCUUAGUGGUUCCCAAUCUGUUUGGCUUGUGACCCCUUAAAAACUGUUGUCACUAAUUAUAUAUGUUACAGAUUAGAGAAAUAAGAGGAAAGAAAACAAGCAUUGUUUUCAGUCAAAUAUACUGAUGUUUUCCUGUCAAAUCAUCUUGUGACGUCUGAGAUUUCUCUUUGACCCCCUAUAAAUGUACCGAAACCCAGCUUGGGAACCACCGCUUUGUUCUUCUCAACACCUUGAUUUCAAUUUUUUCACCUUUUAAUUUUAAUUGCUAUACAUUUUUUUGUUACUAUACGCUUAACCUUACUUACUGUUCACUGAUGAAUGUAUGUUUGUGUUUUUUUCACUUAUUAAAAAAGCAAUUUCACACUUCAACAGCAGCGAUUUUAAUGUUUUAGGUUUUUACCCUUCACUAAAUAUUACAAUUUUACUUGCAGCUGUUGCUGCAUUUUGUUUGUUUGAAACAAAUGAAUAUAAAUUUUUAGUAACUUUUCGUUUUUCGUCUCUUCUUAUUGUUUGUAAAAUGUGUCUUUUUUUGGUGUUGUUUUUACCAAAGGAUGAAUAAAACUUUUAUUAUGAAAAACUUG